AUGUCGCACAGCGCUCCCCCGCAGCACCCGCAACCAUCUUCGUCCUCCCAACCCAACGAACUAGUUCUAUCCCCGGCGCUCUCAAAGCGUCUCACAUCACUAGGGAAGGUCCUAGACGAUCUUGAAGCCCGGAUCAAGACCUCCCAGCACAAGCACGUCGAGCUGCAGAAUCGGUAUGGAGAGGUCGCCUUCGAACUGGGCCGAGUUCGCGACCCAAAACAAUACGCCGAUCUCGUCGCCGAACUGAACGAGCUCGAAGCAAGGCUGCUCAGCUCUGAGCGGGAGGGUACAAAGGCGCAGGAGAUAUUGGACGAGCGCAUGCUUGAUUGGAGGAUGCUUAUGGCGGAGUUGAUGAGGGAUCUCAAUGCAGGGAGUCGAGAGGAUGAGCGGGGCGCUGUGGAGAGGUAUAGACGCGAGCACGGUAGCAUUGGGCGGCGGUUUAGGGCGGCGGUUAAAUCGGGGAAGGGGCCUGAGCGUUGGAUAUAA